UUAUUAUUAUUAUUCUAUAAGGAUGGAUGGAUAUGUAUCUGUUUUAUGUGGAAUUGUUGCAGCUUUCAUCUACUGGUGACUAUCAUGAUGAGAUCGACUUUGAGUUCUUAGGGAACUCGUCCGGAGACCCUUACACUGUGCACACGAACAUCUUUAUUCAAGGCAAAGGAAAUAGGGAGCAGCAGUUCAUAUUAUGGUUUGACCCAACAGCCGAUUUCCACAACUACACCAUUCAUUGGAACCCAGAUGCAGUUGUGUGGUAUGUUGAUAGUAUACCAAUUAGGGUCUACCGAAACUACAAAAGCGAAGGAAUCGACUUCCCGGACCAACAAGGAAUGCAAGUCUACUCCAGUUUGUGGAAUGGUGAUAAUUGGGCUACAAGAGGCGGCCUAGUCAAGAUCGACUGGUCUUGUGCACCUUUCAAGGCUGGAUUGCGUAAGUUCAACGCGAGAGCUUGUGAGUGGAAUGGGCCUGAUAGCAUCUCCAGGUGUGCCUAUCCUAACCAAGCCAACUGGUGGACUUCACCCGUCUACAAGCAACUGAAUGCAGACCAACUUGCGCAACUUGAAUGGGUUAGAGAUAAUUAUAUGGGCUACAACUACUGCACAGACUACUGGCGGUUCAACUCGCAGAUGGCUCCUGAAUGCUCCAAGCCACAAUACUAAACAAAACAUUAUUCCAAUAUUCACAUUCUUUAAGUGUGUGUGUUUUCUUCUUUCUUCCAAUGUCUUGAACCUUUUCAAAUAGGCCCAUCUAGUUAAUAUUCUGUACGUUAUAGUUGUUUACUAACCUAUGCUAUCAAGAAAAUUUUAUAUGCUA